AUGAGCCUGCUGGAACGCUGGGGCCUAAGGCAUGUCGAGUCUGUGGACGAUUACCUGAGCGUAUUGAUCCCUCUUGACAAGGCCCAUCUGUACAGCCACUCUGCCAAACAAGGCCGGGCAGGAUCUGCCUCCCGCAGAGAGGAUGCGGAAGUUGGCGAUGCCGACGAGGAAAAGGAUGGCGAGAAUGAAACAUCUGGCAUGCUCCACGGGCAUGCUGGCGAGUACAGCAUCGAAGGCCUAAGAAAGGAAAUGAGACAGGGAAAUCAAGGGAAAUGGACGAGCAAUGAGAUCAAGUCAAAACUUAUCAAUAAGGCGUUACAGGACAUUGGAAUGGGCACGUAUAAUUGGCAGUUGUUUGCACUCUGCGGCUUUGGGUGGUUUGCAGAUAAUUUAUGGUUGCAGGGCGCUUCUUUAACCUUGCCCUCGCUCUCAGCAGAGUUUGGUGUAUCUGAAAAGACAGUCCGAUACACUACAAGCGCCCUUUUCGUGGGUCUUGCGCUUGGAAGCUUCUCGUGGGGCAUUGGCUCUGAUUAUGUUGGCCGCCGUGUUCCGUUCAAUGUCACUCUUCUCAUUGCCAGUGUGUUUGGCAUCGGCACAGCUUAUCAGCAGAGUUGGGGAGGCGUUUGCUUUUUCUACGCUGCAAUGGGUUUUGGUGUAGGCGGCAGUCUACCCGUCGAUGGCGCCCUCUUCCUCGAGUUUCUUCCCGAUGCGUCCAGCUCUCUUUUGACAGUACUAUCCGUCUGGUGGCCUAUUGGCCAGCUAGUCUCUUCGCUCAUUGCCUGGUUCUUUAUCGCACAGUGGCCUGCUGAGCAGGGCUGGCGAUAUUUCCUGGUUACGAUUGGCAUCAUGACCUUUACCAUGUUUUCCAUUCGGUUUUUCGUGUUCAGACUUCUCGAGUCGCCAAAGUAUCUACUCAGCAAGGGUAGGCAGCAUGAGGCUGUCGCCGUCAUUCACGGUGUCGCAUACAGAAAUAAAACCCGAACUUGGCUGACAUCCGAAAUCAUGGACGAAGUUGCGGCUGAGGAUGAUGGCGCGAUGGGCUACGAGGAACAAGAAUACAAGAAUUCAUCUUCCGGAAACCCCCUCGUGCAGAAGAUCAAAGGCCUCUACUCCUCCGAUAAGCUCAAGCUUCUCUUCAAGGAUAAGAAGUUGGGCCUGGCAACAGGGCUUAUAUGGUUCUGCUGGACAGCUAUUGGAAUGGGUUACCCGUUGUUCAACGCUUUUCUGCCUCAGUACUUUGCCCGGUACAGUGGCAAGGGUGAGGGCGGCAGCGUGCAUUCGGAGACGUCUCCCAUCACCGGCGAGACUUAUCGAAACUACGCAAUCACAUCUGUAUUCGGUGUGCCUGGCAGUCUCAUUGCCGCCUACCUCGUCGACCACCCGUCCCCUUUCUUCGGUCGGCGAGGUACCCUUGCCUCCUCGACCCUUAUCUCAGCCGUAUUCCUCUUCUUCUUCGUCAUCUGGGGCAACACUUCUACCAAGCAGCUCAUCUUCUCCUGCGUCGGCUCCUUCUCCCAAAACAUCAUGUACGGCGUGCUCUACGCCUUCACCCCCGAAAUCUUCCCUACCCCAGUCCGAGGCGCUGGUUCCGGCGUGGCCAGCUUUCUAAACCGAGUGGCGGGGCUUUUCGCCCCCGUGAUAGCGGCAAACGCUCCUGGAGAUGGUGCUGAUAUGCCCAUUUAUUUGUCCGCGAUACUAAUUCUAAUGGCAUUCGUGUCGAUUUGCUGCAUCCCCAUCGAAACUAGAGGGGCGCAGAGAUUAUAA